CCCAACGCUCACCUUUUUUUUCCAGGCUGCGCUGAUGGCGGCAGCGGGUGGUGGUGCCGGACUGGGCACAUCCACAGGACUGGAGGCGGCGACGCUGCAAAAGUUGUCGCUUCGGCGGAAGAAAGCGCUGGAAACUGAGGAAAUGGAGCUGUACGAACUUGCACAGGCUGCUGGCACCGUCAUCGACCCGGAUGUUUUCAAGAUCCUGGUGGACUUGCUGAAUCUGAACGUGGCUCCCCUGGCCGUCUUCCAGAUACUGAAGUCCAUGUGUGCUGGACAACGGCUGGCGAGCGAUCCCCAGGACUCGGUAGCCAUAUCUCUGUCCACAUCAGAGACCCGAGGAAGAAACAGAGGUGGCCCCACUCAUGGUAGUGUACCCGUAGUGGCAGAACGUGGAAGCCGUGAUGGACCCAUCCAGAGAAUGCCACGCCAGCCCAGUGCUACUAGGCUGCCCAAGGUGGCAGGACCUGCGAAAAGUAACUCCCGGAGCAGCACGUAGGCUGAACAGUCUGUACCGGGACCACAGUCGAGGCAGAUGCUGUCUCUCUGCACUUCCUUCAGAAGCUGAGUGUCUCUCUGCCACUUUUGGAUGCUAGUAAAGGACAAAGAUUCAGGGUGAA